ACAUCGACAGUGCCGAUGAUAAAUGACGCUUUUUCUUUAUUUAAAAAUAAAAUUUAUAGAAUUAAUUUGAUCGAUUUAUUCAAACGAAUCCAGAUAAUCGGAGAGCGUACAACUGAAAGCGGUGGAGUCGCUAAGUUCUUCUUUGGCCCCCUGUUGAUACACGUUGUUACUUCACCAGACGAUGCGUCCACUGUUUUAUCUAACUGCAUGGAGAAAAUGUUUGUCUAUUCUAUGAUCGAACCUUACGUUGGCUGCGAGCUGUUAGCUGCUCCUUUUUCUCUUUGGAAGACCAACAGACGUCUUAUCAACCAUGCUUUCAAACAGAAUAUAUUAGAUGGAUACACCGAUUUGUUUAACAAGCAAGCUGAACGCUUGUCAGUUGCGAUGGCUGCGGAAAUCAAUAAGGAAUACGAUUUCAGAAACAUAAUAGCGAGAAUUUUAUUGGAGACUUCUUUUCAAACAAUUAUGGGAAUUAAUGUUAAUAAUAAUGAUGUAAUUAUUGACAAUUACGUAAAGGCUAUCAGCAGAGUACUAGAAAUUUUAGUUGUAAGAUUCACGCGACCUUGGCUAAUGUUUGAUUCUAUUUUCUAUUGGACUUCUUUAAAGAAGGAACAGGACCAGUGCCUACAACAAAUGGGGAAUUUAUCAGAUCAAUUAAUUAAAUUGCGGAAAUCAGAGCAUAUUAUGAGACUUAAGAAUAAAGAAAAAAACUUCGAAGAAGAAAACAGAAUAAAAAGCAGUUUAGAUAUUUUGAUCGAGCAUACCGUGACUGAAGAAAAUCAAAUACUAACGGAUCAUCAAAUAAGACUAAUUAUUGACAACAUCCUAACCGCUGGUUUUGACACUAUGUCAUCACAAGUAUUAAUUAUUCUCAUCAAUAUAGGAAGCCGUCCUGAUGUUCAAAAGAAAAUUCAUGAAGAAGUAAUCAGUGUAACGGGUGAUGAGGACAGGCCUAUAUCCAAAACUGAUUUAGGAAGACUUACCUUUUUGGAUGCAGUUUUAAAAGAGUCGAUUCGUUUGUAUCCGAUUGCACCGGUGGUAGCUAGGACAUCUACCACCGAUGUACAACUGAAUAAUUACAUAUUGCCCGCCAAUUGUCACAUACUAGUUCAUAUUUGGGCCCUGAACAGAAACAAAAACUGUUGGGGACUUGACGCUGAGGACUUCCGACCCGAACGUUGGUUUGAUGACUCUGUACCAUCUCAGCCAGUUUCCCAUGCUAGUUUUUCAUUGGGACGAAGGAAUUGUAUUGGUAAAUUAUAUGGGUUGACGUUUAUGAAGAUAAUUGUGGCACAUAUCGUCAAAAAGUUUAGGAUCACCGCUGACGAAAACAAACUUGAACUGGAGUUUGCGAUAAUGUUAAAACCAACCCGUGGGCAUUUGAUAAAAUUUGAGCCAAGAUAAAAAAUUGAAGAAUCAACAUUCGAAGUAGAAGACGUUAAUUACACAUUUCUGAACAACAUUAUAAAUGAGUAAAUACAUAAUAUAAACUUAUGAAUAUAAUCAGAAAAUGUUAUUAUAUACGUGUUAUGCAUUUCACUCAGGAAGUAAGUUAUAGUAUUGAUUAGGAUUAUGGAAUAGAAUAUUCUUUAUUGUACACCAAAAGAGAAAGAAAAACAUUGUAUGUACAAAAGUCUCAUUGCUAAUAGAGAGAUCUCUUCUAGACGACCUUUUGAUUAAAGACAUGAUAUUAAUAAAGCCAAGGUGAACAGCUCGUAAAUGAUAGUCGAUCUGUUUCAUCUUUUUAUUUAAAAUGCCUAUACCCCAGUGUGCAUAUCAGAACAUAUAUCUAAUUUAUAUUUUCUUUUCUAUUAUUUAUUACAUUCAGUGCAUUUAAAACAGUUACAAAACAAGGUUGCGACGUGAUUGUGUAACUAGCGUCGAAGUGGGUUCAGUUUCUUGUACUGAAUGUGAAGAGAGUUGGGGUAAUAUGGAUUUUUGUCUUUAUGCAACUUGCUAUAAUUUACUAGGUGGAUCUUUGUUUGGUAAAGACGACGGUAACAAACGUAGAGUAUAUGUAUAUCUAGUCCUUGUGAGUUAUGAUUUUAAGAGUCUAAAUCAAAUCCAUUUUAUAUAUAAUAAUAGUUUCUAUA